AUGAGGGUGAUCUACGUCUACGAUCCGUAUGGAUUUGGGGGGGGCUGCUACCCCAAGCGAGUUUUACGACCCGGCGACCUGGCAUUGUCGUUGACGACACAGCUGGCCGACGAUCCAACCGCCAGCGCGUUGCAGCCACUGGCCGGCGGCGGCAGCCGGAACGAUCCGACCUCGGUACCGUCGGCGGCAGCGCUGCCCCCCUCCAUGGAGGGGGCUGUGGCCGAUGGCCGUCGGCGGCGUCGCCUAGGCCGGAAGCGCAAGCGACGUCCACUGCAGGAGGACUACUGGUCGUUGGGUGAUGGUAAAGCGAUGGAUGAAUUUGAACCGAUCGCGGGUCCCAGCGAUCCGUCGCCACCGAGUGGCGGAAGGAUGUCCGACCGCAAGCGUCUUCCGUACGCCGGGGCAGCCGCUUCACGUUGGGAAGGCAUCGGGCCGCAGAGGAAACCUUCCGAAGGUAAGCUGGGAGGCCGACCGUCGGACAGCCAGCCGCCGGGCCACCAUCAUCGGUUGCUGGGGCGACCAAACGACUGGAUGGACAACCCGUACACGGAUGCCGGAGGGGGAACGGCGGCCAUGUAUCAGCGCCGGGUCGUUCCACCGACGGCGACGAGUGGGAAUUUUGCCCCUAUUGAUUCGAAUAGGGCACGAAAAGUUCCCGCCAUGCGCCAACCGGAACAACAGCCGUCGGCGCCGUCGCCAGGUGCCACCGGAGGAGGUCAUAAGGCCUACCGAAAGCCGUACUCCCGGCGCAACGAGGAAACGUCGGGCGAAAGCUCGAACGAAGCGACAGGGCCACGAUUGUCACCGGCACCGACCACCGAUCUGAAGGCACUGCUCAAGCAAUCGGACGGCAGCCUGAGUCUGAGCGAGAUACUGCAACAGCGCAACAUUUCCCUGCAGGAUCUCAUCAAGGGCAAGCAGAUGGCACUGGCCGCCCUCACCCAGAGCCCGCUCGACGUGACGACCACGACGGGGCGCCUGUCGGACGAUGAUACGACCACAGUGUCGCCGACCCUAGCGAGCGUGCGAUUCCGGGUGAGCGAAGAGUUUGUCACUAACCGUUCACCAGUGGCCGCAGCCGUCACUGUCGCAGAGCAGGACGAGAACCAUCUACCAUCCGGGUCCGGAACAUCCGAAACGCCGCCGCCGACGAAAGGGAAACAUCCACAGCUUGUAGCUCAGCCGGAGGACGAUACAAACAACUCCGUGGACGAUGUUGUCCCAAGCCGGGCGGCAUCGGACGAUGACACGGGAGUGGCCAUUUUUCCGACGGUAGAAAUAAAGCAGCUUGCCCUCAACCCGGUUCUGCCGGUGGUGAAAGAGACACCGGAACAGCGGAUGCGUCCGAUUAAGGGUGUCGCCUCGCGGAUACGGCCCGAUCUGAGCAACACGCACAUUCGCACCGACCCGGUGGCACCUUUGGGACGCUUCCCGGAGACCGUUACAACGCCGUCGUCCCCCACUGCCGCCACAAACGGGAGCCCAACGAUCUCAUCGUUUCUGUUGGCCACAUCGACGGCACGUGAACGAUGGACACCAUCGGCCAGUCUCGUCGAACGCCACCGGGAGCAACUGCAGCAUAAACAACAGUCCCUGGUGACGGGCUCCACCGAACAGGCACCGAUGGCCGACGAGCUCGUGUCAAGACCACGCUCGGCCGAGUCGAGCUCGUCGCUUCCGGAGGCGGAAGCGAUGGUCGGCCCCGAGCGUCACCAUCUGUUGCGAGUGCCAAAGCUGAAGGCAAGAAUCGCCAUCAAACCACGGCUUCCGAAUGCUGUGGCCGCAACGGCAGCAGGAGUGGAGCAGUCAUCGACGGCCUCACCGGUGCCGAAGGUUACGGAGGAAGAGCCCGAUCGUUUCAAUCUGUCUGACGUUGAGUUAACCGAUGACAGCGGCGCCCAGGAGCUAACUCCCGGUGGUGGUAGUGAUGGCGUCAGGCCAAGUAGCAGCAGCAGCAGCAAAAAUAGCUCUACCUCUACCAGUCAAUCACGGCGUCAGCAGCGCUUAAACGACGACGAACCGGAAUUGAACAUUAUCGAAAAGUUUACCUCGUUCGCGGACCCCCCGUCGGCACCGUCUUCGGUCUCCUCGCCCGUCGGUCAGGAUGAGGAUGAGGAUGCGGAACAGGCAGUCGCGGAAUUGAUCGGCCGCAUUAGCGAGCACACGCAACGCUCGUUCACGGAUAGUUUGGAGGACUUUUAUCGCGACGUCACCGAGAGCAAUCCGUCGCUGUUUAACGACCUGUCGCCGGUCGCCAGCUCGGACGAUCGGCGGGAGCUGCUCGAGUUGAUGGAAGACCGCAGGAUCGGGUCCCGGCUAGCGAAGGUCCUAUCGCAGCGUAACAUGACCUUGGAGCAGCUGCUGGAGCACCGACGCCGGGGCUCGAGCCAACUGCACCUGGCCGAGAUCGCAAAUGGGAAGGUGAAACCGAUCGACGACAAGAUCGACAUUGUGACGGCGUUCGAGCACUUUCCGCGCUUCAACAUCGGCAACCUGCGCAGCAUCCGGCCGGACGACAUCAAGCUCGAUUCGCAGGGUUUCAGCUACUUCACGUCCAUCAUCAACAUCCGGCCGUCGGCCGACGAUGGGUACAAGGAAGCGCGCGCACUACACGCGGGUCGCCAGUGGGGCAGUAGACGGCAUCCGGCGGCGGUCGCCGAGGGGCCCUCGGUGUAUCCGGCCAACCACCGCAGCAGCAGCGAUGGUCAUUUUUUAGCCAGAGGCGGAUCGAAGGAUAGGCUGCUCGUGCCUUCGAGAAUAUCCGCCGCCACGGGUCCGUACGAGCGGCCGGGGGAACAAAGCGAGGAACAGAUGGGCGCGGCGGACAGUGAUCUGCUGGACCUGGAGCUGUCGGGGCACGGCUUUCAGCACCAGCACCACCGCGCUGGUGGUGGGUCGGUAAUGAUCGAGAGCACCUCGAUGCCGGCCGGUGUGCGAUCGGCCAUCGUGGCCAGUUCCGCCAUCGUCGGUGUGUCGUUGGCCAUCUUCAUCAGCAUCUACGUCGUCUGCAGGUUGCGCCAGCGGCGACGCAGCAAACUGAACUACACGGAGAAUUUCAACAUGGCCAAGGGUCGGCUGCCCAUCAUCCACAGUUCGACGACGACGACGGACGGUCGCAAGAGUUCCGCGUCCGGCCGGUCAAACGUCAGCAGCCUCGGCACGGAACAGCAGGUCGUCUACACGACGCACCGCGCCCUGAUGACGGGCGGACAGCCCGAUAGUGGAAGACCGACCGAUACGAUGGAUUCGAACAACUCGCUAGACGUGCAGGACUACCUUUGGGACCGCAAACCGUUCCAGUAGAGAUCAACCGAGCGUCCAGGAUCCGAACGGCGAUCUUAUCCGGUUAUGGUGACGAUCCUUUCUUAUCCAAGAUUGGCCUUAUCUAACCCGAAGGAUACCGAGCGUCGGAACUCCUGGAACCUCAUCUCUGAUCUCGAACACCGAAGGAAGUCGGCACAAGUGUGUAUGUGUGUGUGUGUGUGUGUGUGCUUGUGUGUCCGGGGCCAAGGAAAAGGGUAAGAUGAUGUGCUAAUGAAGGGGUAUGUAUGAUAACGAAGGUGCAAACAACAUGCCAGCCAACGGGGGAUCGUCUCCUAAGGAAAGCCCAGCGAAUGCGCAUACAAAAGUUUUAUGUUUCGGAAUGGUGGUGUUACAUGCGUUUUGUUGGACGACGACGACGGUACAGGCGAUUGCCAAGGCGAAGAUGCUGCAGCUGAAACGAAGAAACCGAAGGCGAGUCCGGAACCACUGUUCCGGAACAAUCCGGAGCUGAAAGCCACAGAGUAGCAGCAGCAGCAGGCGAAAGAAAGGCUUUCCCUCCAGCUUUACGCAGAGGUUCUCGAGAGCGUUUGUCGAGAGUGCAACGAGGCGGAACCCUCUCAUGCAGUCACGCCUGGACCGGCAAAACUUUUACAGCAGCCUUUACCACUAACGGCCCCCGGGCAUCCGCCGCCGGGGCUACCUCCGCGUCUCCGGCCGGCAAUGCUGGCGAAUUGGUGGUUUAAUUAUUGACUGCAUCGUACACAGUCCGAAGAGAAAC